CUCUCUCUCUCUCUCUCUCUCUCUCUGUAUAAAAGCAGCCUCUCGCCUCCCGUCAUGUCCAGUGUGUCGCCGGACAAACGCAGGAAGAUGGAGUCGGCUCUGAACCAACUGAAGAAGCACACGGUGGUGGUGGCGGACACCGGAGACUUUCACGCUAUUGAAGAGUACAAGCCUCAGGAUGCCACCACGAACCCUUCACUCAUCCUGGCUGCUGCCAAGAUGCCAGCCUACCAGCAGCUGCUGGAUCAGGCCAUUAAAUACGGCAUCGCCAAAGGCGGAACUGAGGACGAGCAGGUUGCCCACAUCAUGGACAAACUGUUUGUGAGUUUCGGGCUGGAGAUUCUCAAGAAGGUUCCAGGCAGAGUUUCCACUGAGGUGGAUGCCAGAUUGUCUUUCGAUAAAGAUGAAAUGCUUGCCAAGGCUCUGAGGCUCAUCGCUCUGUACAAGGAGGCCGGCAUCAGUAAGGAGCGUGUGCUUAUCAAACUGUCUUCUACCUGGGAGGGGAUCCAGGCUGGCAAGGAGCUCGAGGAGAAGCACGGCAUUCACUGCAACAUGACCCUGCUGUUCUCCUUCGCUCAGGCUGUGGCCUGUGCAGAGGCUAACGUUACACUCAUCUCACCCUUCGUUGGACGCAUCAUGGACUGGUACAAGGAGAACACAGGCCGUAAGGGCUACGAGCCACAUGAAGACCCAGGUGUGCUGAGUGUGACCAAGAUUUACAACUACUACAAGAAGUUUGGUUACAGCACCGUGGUGAUGGGCGCCUCCUUCAGGAACACGGGUGAGGUCAAAGCCCUGGCAGGAUGCGACCUGCUCACCAUCUCCCCGGGGCUGCUGGCCGAGCUCAGCGAGGAUCACAGCCCGGUCACAGAGAUGCUCAAUGUGGAGAAAGCCAAGGCCAGUGAUCUGGAGAAGAUCCACCUGGAUGAGAAGGCUUUCCGCUGGGAGCACAACGAGGACCGCAUGGCAGUGGAGAAGCUGUCGGAUGGCAUCCGCAAGUUCGCUGCAGACGCCAUCAAGCUGGAGACCAUGAUCAAAGAGAAAAUGCUCAAUGUGAAAAACGGCAAGUAAAGGACAGAUGUGUCUUCUCCGGCUGCGUCGGCAGGACGUGACAGAAGGUCCCAAGCACCAGAAGGCCUUCCCUCUCCUCACCUGACUAAACUCCAGGGACCCUCCUGAAUGGACACCUCUCCUCUCUUAGACUGGGACCAGCGGUUUUCCGACCAAACAUAAAUGAUUAAUGCUAAUGUCUGUGUGAGGUUUUUGUGAAAUAUUUACUAGAAACUUAAACGGAAAGGAACAACGUAAGCACUUUUGCAGGCGAAAUGUCUUAAUGAGACUUGAAUAGUAAUCGUGUGACUACUAGAAAGGACCAUGUGCUCUCUUUGACCAGAAAUGAAGAUUAAUCAGCUCCACACUCGGGUCGAUAAAGACAACUGUACCAUCAUUUCUUAGAAUAUUAUAUUUUGCUCUUUGAAUAAAUAAACGUCUUAACCUUCACAGGUG